AUGAAAAUAACUUAUACAGUAAUAAUUGUAUUACUUAUAACGAUUUUAAAUAUAAGCUUUGGUCAGAAAAUAAGUUAUACCUCGUCAUUCAAAUUUAUUGAAUGGGACAUUCCGAAUCCUAGCGAUUAUGGUCUUAACAACACUGUAAUAACUGACGUAGAUGAAGCAGCAGAUGGUAGACUAUUCCUUGCUGCAUUAAGAAAUGAAGGAGUGCCAGCUAGUCUAGCAACAGUAAGGACCAAGGGUAAUUUAAUUAGUAAAAAAAGCUCAGGAGGUUCAUUGGCUCCGUAUCCAAGUUUGUCUUGGUAUAAUAACACUACUGAUUGCGAUAACAAUAUCAUAAAUGUAAUACGAAUAUCUAUCAAAUGCAAUCAUCUCUUUCUUGUGGACUUUGGAAUAAAAGAUGGAUUUGAAGGAGAGAGAGUUUGUCCUUCGAAAUUAUUGGUAUUCGAUUUAGAAAACGAUAGGCUCGUUCGUCGUGUUAUCAUUCCAUCUAACGUUGUUGAUAAUAAAAAUGGCAGUGGAUUGCUCGUGACAUCAAUUGUCGAUAUUCAAGAUUGCAGCUGCAUAAAUAAUUCAAUCAUAUAUAUGGCUGACGUUGCAAACUACGGUUUAGUGAUAUACAAUGGAUAUUCGAAUGACUUCUGCAGAAUUGAAUCCGAUUGUAUGAAACCAACUCAUUCCAAUUUUACUAUAAACAACGAAAGUGUUUAUUUGGAAGAUGGUAUUCUUGGUUUAACAAUCAUUUCUGGAGAUUUGUAUUUUAGUGCUUUAGCGGGAAAUAAAAUAUGCAAGAUAGAUAAGAGUACUUUAAAAAAAUGUUCAAAAUUAAGCAAUAACGAUGCUAAUUUAGCCACUAAAGUGGUAGGAACAUUAUCUGGUCAAACGGGACCAAUAGCAUCCUACAGAAAUGCAAUAUUUUUUAGCAACAUCCCGGAAACGUCCAUUCUUUGUGCCGAUACUACUAAAAAAUUCGAUCCUUCCAACAGUGAGGUCAUUGUGCAAGAUCCUGAAAACUUGCAAUUUAUAAGUGGGCUAAAAUUUAUAAGCCAUAAAGGAGAGAAACAUGGAAGGCAUUUUCUGGAAGAAAAAAUACUAGGCGUAUCAAACAGGUUUCAACAUUACUUUAAUAAUAAUUACAACUUCAGCGAAAUAAACUUUCGCGUUUUCGAAGUGGAUAUAAAAGAAAUAAAGAAACAUACACAUUGUUUGAAUUCUAAUCACCAUAGUCAUAAACCUGGACACUAUUACUUCUCUUAG